CAAUUUAGCUUUGCCGGCGCGUGUACGUUUUGGGGCUAGUUUGUUGUGAGUGCGAAGAGACGUUCGAAAGCAAAGAUAAUAUUAAAAAAUUUUAAAAACAAACAAAUAAUAAAAGAAAAUAAAAUUCAGUUAAAAGAAAGUGCAGGUUUUGAGUGUUAAAAUAAAAAAAAAAAAAAAUUAUUAUGAUAUAUAAUAAAAAAAUUAUUUAAAUUAGUGAAAAAUAAACAAUUGCUGCUUUUAAGUCCUCAACCAUUUUUGUUUUAACAUUAAAAAGUUAAAUAUUUAAUAUAAAAUCACUUGCAAAUUUAUUUUGUAUUUAAUUUUUCAAAAAUCAUAAACGCAUUAAAAGGUUUUUAUUAAAUCUUAAACUCCCUCACAUUGCAAUGCUUGUGCCGUCGGAUAUGAUAGCGGCACAGUCCAAAAUGGUUUAUCAGAUGAAUAAAUAUUGUGCGGAUCGCGUGCAAACGCGUAAAGCACAGAUACACAAACAAAUACAAGAAGUUUGUCGUAUUGUGCAGGAUGUGCUAAAAGAAGUGGAAGUCCAAGAACCGCGUUUCAUAUCCUCGCUUAACGAUUACAAUGGCCGUUUCGAAGGUCUUGAAGUGAUCUCGCCCACUGAAUUCGAAAUCAUAAUUUACCUUAAUCAGAUGGGCGUACUGAAUUUCGUUGACGAUGGCACAUUACCUGGUUGUGCGGUGCUUAAAUUAAGUGACGGUCGUAAACGUUCGAUGUCGUUGUGGGUGGAAUUUAUAACCGCUUCGGGUUACCUGUCAGCGCGUAAAAUACGUUCGCGUUUUCAGACUUUAGUUGCGCAAGCGUGUGAUAAAUGUGCCUAUCGUGAUAUCGUUAAAAUGAUCGCAGACACAACGGAAGUUAAGUUGCGCAUACGCGAACGUAUUAUUGUACAGAUCACUCCCGCCUUUAAAUGUGCCGGUCUAUGGCCGCGUUCUGCAUCGCAUUGGCCGUUGCCUGGCAUACCAUGGCCGCAUCCAAAUAUUGUUGCAGAGGUUAAGACUGAAGGUUUUGAUAUGCUAUCGAAGGAGUGUAUUGCAUUGCAGGGUAAAAACUCAGCAAUGGAAGGUGAUGCGUGGGUGUUGAGUUUUACAGAUGCCGAAAAUCGUCUUUUACAAGGUGCCAGUCGUCGUCGUUGCUUAAGCAUAUUAAAAACCCUGCGUGAUAGACAUUUGGACUUACCUGGUAAUCCUGUCACAUCGUAUCAUCUAAAAACAUUGCUCUUAUAUGAAUGUGAAAAACAUCCGCGUGAAAUGGAGUGGGAGGAGAAUUGCAUUGCUGAUCGGAUAAAUGGUAUUUUUUUACAGUUAAUUUCCUGCCUACAAUGCCGACGCUGUCCGCACUAUUUUCUACCAAAUAUGGAUUUAUUUAAGGGUAAAUCACCGGGUGCUCUAGAAAAUGCUGCCAAGCAAGUGUGGCGUCUCACACGAAUUAUGCUAACCAACGUACGCUGCUUAGAAGAAUUGUAAUUAUUAAUGUAAUUAAGCUGGAAAUAAAUUACAAAAAAAAGCUAUUAAAUUUUUAUACUUUUACUAUGAUUUUGCAUAUUAAUUACUAUUAUUAA